UUUAAGAAAAUUUAUAAUAAUUACCUAAAAAGUUAAUGAAUUUAUUAUAUGUCUAGUAAUACAAAAAUUAUUCAAUAAUCAUUAAAAAUUGAAAUGGCGGAAGCGUCCGAGAGAAGCCGCAGGCAGAGUGAUUCAACCAAAGAUUCCUUAUAGCUACCCCGACGCUGACACAUCUUCUACCUGCUACUAAACGCAUACCUAUAUAAGCAAGAGAGACACUGAAACUUUAAGUAGCUGCAUACAUCAUUUAUCCAUACUCACGGAGCAAUGGCGGCACCUCCAAAGCCGUGGAAGGCGGAGUAUGCGAAGUCAGGUCGAUCUUCAUGCAAGACCUGCAAAAAACCUAUUGACAAAGAGAAGCUCAGGCUCGGCAAAAUGGUCCAAGCCACUCAAUUUGACGGUUUCAUGCCGAUGUGGAACCAUGAAAGUUGUGUACUGAAGAAAGCGAAACAGAUAAAAUCGAUUGAUGAUGUUGAAGGGAUUGAUUCACUCCGAUGGGAAGAUCAGCAAAAGAUUAGAAAGUGCGUUGAGGGUGGUGGUAUUGCCACCCAAGAUGCAAAUGCGAAUGCUCUCAAUGUUAUGGAAUAUGGUAUUGAAGUUUCACAGACUUCUCGCGCUACUUGCAGGCGCUGCAGCCAAAAGAUUUUGAAAGGACAGGUUCGUAUAUCCUCGAAGCCUGAUGAACCACGAGCAAAGGCUCUGGCCUGGCAUCAUGCCGACUGUUUCAUUGACUUGCAUCCAUCUGUCCAAGUGGAGAAGAUGUCUGGAUGGGAAAGUCUGCCACCUUCUGAUCAGGAAGCAGUUCGUGCACUUAUUAAGGAGGUUCCCUCUACUGCAAAGGCUGGCAUAGUUGAGGAAAGAAAAUCAACUUCUGCAGUUGGUGCAAAACGAAAGAAAGAUGGUGGUGGAGAUCAGAAGCCAAAGAUCACCAGGACUGAUGGAGAUGUGUCAACUAGCAGGAAUGCUUCUGCAAAGAAUUCUAAUGAUUUGGAAAGCACACUGGAAGCUCAAUCCAAAGGGUUAUGGUCUUUAAAGGAUGAUCUUAAAAAGCAGGUAACAACGGUAGAGUUGCGUCAAAUGCUUGAAGCCAAUGGUCAAGAUAAUUCUGGAUCAGAACUUGAUUUGCGGGACCGCUGUGCUGAUGGAAUGAUUUUUGGAGCACUUGGUCUUUGCCCGACUUGUUCUGGUUUUCUUCGUUAUUCUGGAGGAAUGUAUCGGUGUACUGGGUUUCUGUCAGAAUGGAGCAAAUGUUCUUACUCAACUUGUGAACCAGAGCGUAAAAAGGGGAAGUGGAAAGUCCCGGAAGACACUGAUAAUCAGUUUUUAAGAAAUUGGUUUAAAACACAGAAGAGUAAGAAACCUAUUAGGGCACUGCCUUCACCAUCAUUUGACAACCCCUCUGGGAGUAAAGCUGCCAGUGGUCAGUCUCCAUCUUCAGAGGGUGAAAGUUUGGGAGAUCUGAAAGUUGCUUUUUCUGGGUUAUCUAAAGAGUCUGUGGAAGAAUGGAAGGGCAAGAUCGAGGGAGCAGGUGGACAAGUGCACGCCAAGAUAAAGAAGGACACAAAUUGCUAUAUAGUGAGUGGAGCACUGGAUCAUGACGAUGUUGAGAUGAGGAAGGCAAGGAGAAUGAAAUUACCAGUUGUGAGGGAGGAUUACCUGGUUGACUGUUUUAAAAAACAUAAAAAGCUUCCAUUUAGUUUUUACAAAGUUGAAGCUGUUAGUGGAGCUUCUAGUGUGAUCACUGUCAAAGUGAAAGGGCGAAGUGCAGUGCAUGAAGCAUCUGGUUUGCAAGAUACAGGUCACAUCCUUGAGGAUGGGAAUAGCAUCUAUAACACAACUCUAAACAUGUCUGACUUAUCAACUGGUGUUAACAGCUACUACAUCCUUCAGAUAAUACAAGAUGACAAAGGAUCAGAUUGUCACGUGUUUCGUAAAUGGGGUCGUGUGGGGAAUGAAAAAAUAGGAGGAAAGAAGCUUGACGAGAUGUCAAAAUUAGAUGCAAUCUGUGAAUUUAAACGUUUAUUCCUUGAGAAAACCGGAAAUUCAUGGGAAGCGUGGGAACAGAAGCAGAACUUUCAGAAGAGACCUGGCAAAUUCUUUCCAUUAGAUAUUGAUUACGGAGUUAACAAACAGCUGACAAGAAAGCCUAGGAAUGAUGCAAAUAGCCAACUUGCUCAGCCACUGGUGGAAUUGAUGAAGAUGCUCUUUAAUGUGGAAGCAUACAGAGCUGCUAUGAUGGAAUUUGAGAUUAACAUGUCAGAAAUGCCACUUGGAAAGUUGAGCAAAAAUAAUAUUCAGAAGGGUUUCGAGGCAUUGACAGAGAUUCAGAAUUUAUUGAAUAGCAAUUCUCAUGAUCCUUCCAUCAGAGAAAAUCUGAUUGUUGAUGCCAGCAACAGAUUCUUCACUGUUAUCCCUUCUAUUCAUCCACAUGUUAUUAGAGAUGAAUAUGAUUUUAAGUCAAAGGUGAAAAUGUUAGAAGCUCUCCAGGAUAUUGAGAUAGCUUCCAGAUUUUUAGGUUUUGAUGCUGAUAAUGAUGACUCCUUUGAUGAUAAGUAUAGGAAGCUCCGUUGCGAUAUAACUCCACUUUCUCAUGAUAGUGAAGAUUAUCAGUUGAUUGAGAAGUAUCUCCAUACUACUCAUGCUCCCACUCAUACGGAUUGGAGCCUUGAACUGGAAGAAGUUUUUUCACUAGAAAGGGAAGGAGAAAUUGAUAAGUUUGCUCCUUAUAGAAGAAAGCUUAAGAAUAGAAUGCUGCUCUGGCAUGGUUCUCGGUUGACUAACUAUGUGGGUAUACUUAACCAAGGACUGAGAAUAGCUCCUCCUGAAGCUCCAGCAACUGGAUAUAUGUUUGGCAAAGGAAUUUAUUUUGCCGAUCUAGUCAGUAAGAGUGCUCAGUAUUGUUAUACUGAUAAGAAAAAUCCUGUGGGAUUAAUGCUGCUUAGUGAAGUCGCCUUAGGGGAGGUGUAUGAGUUGAAGAAUGCCAUGUAUAUGGACAAACCUCCUGAAGGGAAGCACUCCACAAAAGGACUUGGCAAGAAAGUACCCCAAGAGUCGGAGUUUGUGAAGUGGAGGGAUGAAGUUACUGUUCCUUGUGGUAGACCAGUUCCAUCAAAAGUCAAGGCCUCAGAGCUCAUGUAUAAUGAGUACAUUGUCUAUAACACGGCUCAAGUUAAGAUGCAGUUUUUGUUGAAGGUGAGGUUUCGUCAUAAGAGGUGAUUGAAGGGAAAAACGAUGUUUCCGUAGGGAUAGUAUGGGGGUAGAUUCUUAUUUUGAAAUCCACUUUGUAUUUUCCGCAAUCGGUGCAACUCUAAAUGAUGUCUCAUUUUGGGGUUAGCUUGAGAUACAUCAUCUUGGCUUUUGGCUUUUGUUUAUGUAAAUAGUAAGGGGCACAACCAAAAGUUCAAAUGAUAUUUGGCCAUUGUUUUUGCUAUCCAUGGUUAUGUUCCCCUCUCUGCUGCAUAGUUCCAAAAGGUUUUUGGACUAUACAACAAACAGUAAUCGCCACCCUUUUAGCUUUUAAUCCUAGGACUGUAAAUUCCUGCUACUUUUGUUCUUGGACUGAAAUCAAUAUUAGCCGAGAACCAUUUUCAAGUUUUCAAACA